AUGGCGAGUUUUGCCGUCAAAGCAAUCGAUCACGUGGUGCUCACGGUGAAGAGCAUACCCAAAACAGUGGACUUUUAUACCACUCGACUGGGAAUGCGACAUGAGGUCUUUACAUCAAAGGGAUCUGAAAGACACGCCCUCAUCUUUGGCAGACAAAAGCUCAACCUACAUCAAUCCGGCGCGGAAUUCGAGCCCAAGGCGGGCAAGGUACAACCCGGCAGUGAAGAUCUCUGCUUCAUCACCGAUCACCCAGUGGACGAAGUGCUCAAGAUCUGGCAGUCCGCUGGAAUCGAGAUACUGGAAGGUGGAAAAGUAGUCGAUCGCACCGGAGCGGCAGGUAAAUUGCGCAGUGUGUACUGCCGCGACCCAGACGAGAAUCUUAUCGAGUGA